CUGGGACAAGGUUUCCAUUUUCCAUUCUGUGGGAGAACGGAGAGAGGGAGGCAAAAGGGAAGACCACAAGACAUAAGGAAAUGGCGUGGAUCUCAAGUUUUCCUGACAAGGCAAUGGUUUUGAUGCUGUCAAGAAGCCAAGAUCAUUUAGGGAAAACGGGGUGUCUCUAGGAUGAGACCCUUUUUGCUCUUCCUGCUGCAUCUGAGCCUGUGAUGCACUCCUCUGCAGAAAAAGUUAUGGACUUGAAGGAGCAGCCAGGUAACCUUCUUUCGGCUGGUCAAGAGGAUUUCACGUCUGUACUGCUUGAAACUGCUGCUUCUCUUCCUUCUCUAUCUCCUCUCUCAGAUGCUCCUUCUAAAGAACGUGAAUCCCUUGAUCAGUUACCAGCUGUAAUGCCUACAAAAGAUAUUCUCCAAGACUCUUCACUUGACAUUUCUAAGGAAUCCACAGAGAAGGCAAAAAGUCCAUUUGUAGAUAGAGACUUCAGAGAUUUUCCAGAAAUGGAGUGCUCAGAAAUAGGAUCCUCGCUUGCAGGGUCUCCAAAAGCAGAAUCUGCUGCAGCAGGUCAGCCUAGAGAAGAAAUACUGGUAAAGAACAAAGAAGAAAAAGAGAAUGUAGUCAGUGAGCGUGUCCUCUAUUGCCCUCAAGACGUUCCAGCGGUAACGCUCCCCAAAGCAGCUGAAGAACAGGACAAAGUUCUGUUUUCUGAUAAAGCGAAUUUUGGUAAGGACAGUCUUGAUGAAAAGGAAGGUGCAGUAAUGUUGAAAGAAAAUGUUUCUGUGAGGGAAGACUAUGUAGACUUCAAACCGUCUGAGCAAGUGUGGGAAAUAAGAGAUACUUGCUAUGAAGUAAAGAAUGUAGGAGUUGGUGGAGCUAAUAUAGAGAGCAAGUUGGAAAGUAGCGUGGAUGAGACAUAUGAUGCAGAUAGCCUUAAAGAAGGUAGUGAAAAAGACAGCGAAAGCAGUAACGAAGACAUUUCUUUUCCUAGUUCACCAGAAGUUUUAAAAGAUACUUCCCAGGCAUAUAUCACGUGUGCUCCUUUUGAACCGACCGUAGCAGCUGAGGCCCUCGUACCCAAAGCUUUUCCCCUGUUAGAAGACCGUACUUCUGAAAAUAAGACCGAUGAAAAAAAAAUUGCCGAAAAGAAGGCCCAGAUUCUCACAGAAAAAAAGAGUACCGGCAUCAAUGCAACAAACCCUUUCCUUCCCUCCGCGGAUGCUCCCGAGGCGGACUACGUCUCAACUGAGAGUUCAUCGAAAGUGCCGGCGGAGGUUGUAGCAAACGUGCCCGAAGGGCUUACCCCGGACUUAGUACAAGAAGCAUAUGAAAGUAAGAUGAGCGAUGGUGCCAGCCCAAACCUGGCCUAUGAAACCAAGGUAGACCUAGUCCAGACAUCUGAGUCGUUCCAGGAGCCUCAACAUCCCGCAGCCCAGCUUUGCCCAGCUUUUGAAAGCUCUGAAGCUGCUCCCUCACCUGUUUUACCUGACAUUGUUAUGGAAGCACCUCUAAAUUCCUUAGCUCCCGGAGCUGGCGCUUCUGUCGGGCAGCUUGAUUCAUCCCCUCUAGAGACUUUUGCCCCCACCGGUUAUGAACAGACCAAACCAGAGGCUGAAAAUCCCCCACCGUAUGAAGAGGCAGUGAGUGUGCCACUUAAAAAGGAGUUGGAAGCAAAGGAUGAAAUUAAAGAGCCCGAACAAGUUGGUGCAGUUGUUGGAGCAGACGCUCCUUACAUCUCUAUUGCGUGUGACUUAAUUAAAGAAACAAAGGUCUCUACUGAAUCUACUUCUCCAGACUUCAAGGAUUACUCAGCUCCUCUAAUAAGUGGAGGUAGUGGGCAGCCGAGGCCUUCUGAUCUCCUCGAGGACUCUUCUCCUGAAUCUGAACCGAUUGACUUGUUUAGUGAUGAUUCAAUACCUGAAGUCCCUCUGCAGGAAAGUGAAGCCCUACCUCUGGUGAAAGAAAAUUCAGCUGAAACCUUGUUGUCAUCUGAAGCCGAGGAUGGGAGCAAAGCAAAACUCAAUGGGACCUCACCCGCUCUGGGAGAGCCUUACUUGGAGUCCUUUCAGCCCGAAGACCCGUCGCAGGCUGCCGUUCCGUCGCCAUCGGAGCUGACUUUUACAGAGGUGGCCAAGAAGGAAAAGGUACCUCUGCAAAUGGAAGAGCUGAAUACUCUCAUUUAUCCGGCCGACUUCUCGUUCGUUUCGAAGGAACCGAACAUAAGAGAAGCGGUCCUAUCUACGGAUUCUUCUCCAAUUCAAAUCAUAGAAGACUUCUCCCCGUUAGCCAGUUCGAAAGCCAGUCCCACCACUCAAUCGGCUAGAGAAUCUCCUGGCCAAGAGAUAGCCCACAAGGGUGAAAUUGCCGAUGCCCAAGCAGAGCCCUGGCCACUGCCCUGUUCAGAAUUACCCCAUGACCUCUCUCUCAAGAGUGUCCAAACUGAAGUGGAGGAGAAAGCUCUCGUCUUGGGGUUGGAGAAAUCUGCUGACGACUCGAGCAGAGAUGUCCCCGAAGUAUCCCAGAAGUCCUCGUUGCCUGCAGAUGUUUCUCCUUUGUCAGAAAUAGUCAGUGUAGUCCAACCCAAAGCUCUUGUGAAAGAAGCUGAGAAAAAACCUCCUUCUGUUUCAGAAAAAGAGGAAAGAUCACCAUCAGCUCUAUUUUCAGGAGAGCUGAGUAAGAUUUCAGUUGUUGACCUCCUAUACUGGCGAGACAUUAAGAAGACAGGAGUGGUGUUUGGUGCCAGCCUGUUCCUGCUGCUUUCAUUAACAGUAUUCAGCAUCGUGAGCGUGACGGCGUAUAUUGCCUUGGCCCUUCUGUCUGUGACGAUCAGUUUUAGGAUAUACAAGGGAGUGAUCCAGGCGGUCCAGAAAUCUAAUGAAGGCCACCCAUUCAGUGCAUACUUGGAUUCCGAAGUUGCUAUAUCGGAGGAUUUGGUCCAGAAAUAUAGUAGUUCUGCUCUCGGCCAUGUCAACUGCACGAUUAAAGAACUCCGCCGUCUCUUCCUCGUUGAUGAUUUAGUAGAUUCUCUGAAGUUUGCAGUGUUGAUGUGGGUAUUCACUUACGUUGGUGCCUUGUUCAAUGGACUGACGCUACUGAUAUUGGCUCUGAUUUCACUCUUUAGUGUUCCCGUAAUUUAUGAAAGGCAUCAGGCUCAGAUCGAUCAUUACCUGGGGCUCGUGAAUAAGAACGUUAAAGACGCUAUGGCCAAAAUCCAAGCUAAGAUCCCCGGAUUGAAGCGCAAAGCCGAGUGAAAAAGCCGGGAGCAAGCGUACCAAUAGGAAUUCAUUGUCGGGGUUUGGGGAGGGGGGGAAAUGCAGGGAAGGACGGAGCCUUGACAUUGCAGUGCAAUUUCACAGAUCUUUAUUUUUUAGCAACGCAGUGUUUGAGGGGGGGAAAAAAAACCUGCCUUGACUGCCAUGUGUGUUUCAUCAUUUUAAGUAUUGUAAGCUGCUAUGUAUGGAUUUAAAAACCUAAUCAUCUUUGGUUUUUUUUUUUGUUGUUGUUGUUGUUUUUUUUUUCCUGUGAGGCACUGGUUUAAAUACAGGAGAUCUGAGAAAGCUGUACAUUAAUGCUUCAUUGGAGGUAGUCUGGGUGUUGCAGGAACUUGUAGAGUCGGGCGGGGUGGGCUGGGGGGGAGCCGAACAAAUAACACUUCUCACAGUUUGUGCGCUGUGUAUGGUCUGUGUAGAUUGCCGAUUUUCUAAAAUGAAAUGUGUAGGAGAGCGUACCACUAGAGCAAGGGUGCUUGCCUUUUUGGUAUGAGUCUAGCUGUAUUUGUGAUUUUACUGUUUCAUUAAUUGCCAAUAUAUAUAAAUAUAUAUAGUGUUUCACAAAGCUUAGACCUUUUCAGCUGCUCCACAGUGCUCGACAGGUCAGAAAUGACUGAUUUUUUGAGUAGCUCCGUAGCACGUAAGCUUGAAAAAGAUAAAAAGGUUUCUAGGAACACUAGCCCCGGGAUUUUUUUUUUAGAUUAAAAAAACAGAAAACAAGGCCCUGCGCAUAGAGAAACUCCAACACACACUUUGUUACACAAACCCACUGCGGUAGUUAAUUUUGUCAUUUAAAUCUCCGAAUCUGUGGACUGAAUAUCUAAUGCUGCAAAAAAAUGUGAUUUGGGAAUAGCAAAUAUCGUCAUGCAAGAAACUACACAUGAAGUUUAUACAAUUGCGGUUUAAGCUGUACUGAAUGAACUAAGUCUGUGGAAUGCAUUGUGAAAUGUAAAAAAAAAAAAACAAGUAUCAAUAAAGCUUAUAGACUUAA